AUGAAGGGUCUCUUCCUCCUUCUGCUGCUCUCGCCGAUCCAGGUGAUAGCUUUCGAUUUGCCUUUGUGGUGGCGCAACGGAAAUAACGAAUCAAGCGUUGCCGAGGAUGGGGUGGAGCGGUCUGACGAGAUUUCUGGCCGCGUCAUUGGAGGAACGGACACUACCCUGACGCAGUAUCCGUUUUUCGCCACCGUCCUUUACACUAGCACGUUGUGUGGGGGCUCGUUGAUCACCACCCAGUGGGUCCUGACGGCGGCCGAAUGCAUCGGGCGCACUGCGACCAAUCACCAGGUAGUGCUGGGCAACGUGCUGGGCUCGACACCGUACUCGACGGGCUCUGUCGUGGCCAACGCCAUCAGCACCAUCAUCCACGAGCUGUGGGUCGCGGCCACCUCCCAAAACAACAUGGCGCUCAUCCAAAUCCCCCCCGUCACCCUGACACCCAACAUUCAGGUGGUGACCCUGGCGUCCGCCAUCGACGCCGGCAACAACUUCGCAGGCACGCUGGCCACGAUCAUGGGAUUCGGCAGAAUCAGCAACGGAGGUGCGCAGACGUCGGCGACGAUGAAGUUUGCGGCGAUGCUUGUCAACGACGGAGCGCAAUGCACAACCGACUUCGGCGUUGGAUUUUACACGAGCUCUAACCUGUGCGCGAAAGACCCCGCCGCGGCGACAGGGCCCUGUGGAGCAAACGACAUCGGAGAUCCUCUGGUUUACGUCAGCGGCGGCGUGACUGUGCAAAUCGGCAUCACGAUACGUAUCAACGGCAACCCUUGUUUGUCCAAAUCUGCGCUUUUCACACGGAUCGCAUCCUUUGAGACGUGGAUUAUUGGAAAAAUACCAGCUCUGCUAACUACAACGACAGUACCAACGACCACAACGGCAGCAUCAACUACAACUUCGGCGGCCACAACUAGCACGACGGCAGCAUCAACUACCACAUCGGCACCAACAACUAGCACGACGGCACCAACAACUAGCACGACGGCAGCAACAACUAGCACUUCGGCAGCAUCAACUACAACAACAGCACCAACAACUAGCACGACGGAAGCAUCCACUACCACUUCGGCAGCAUCAACUACAACAACAGCACCAACAACUAGCACGACUGAAGCAUCAACUACCACUUCGGCAGCAUCAACUACAACAACAGCACCAACAACUAGCACGACGGAAGCAUCAACUACCACUUCGGCAGCAUCAACUACAACAACAGCACCAACGACUAGCACGACGGAAGCAUCAACUACCACUUCGGCAGCAUCAACUACAACAACGGCACCAACAACUAGCACGACGGAAGCAUCAACUACCACUUCGGCAGCAUCAACUACAACAACAGCACCAACAACUAGCACGACGGAAGCUUCCACUACCACUUCGGCAGCAUCAACUACAACAACAGCACCAACGACUAGCACGACGGAAGCAUCCACUACCACUUCGACAGCAUCAACUACAACGACAGCACCAACGACUAGCACGACGGAAGCAUCAACUACCACUUCGGCAGCAUCAACUACAACAACAGCACCAACGACUAGCACGACGGAAGCAUCCACUACCACUUCGGCAGCAUCAACUACCACAACUGCACCAACAACUAGCACGACGGAAGCAUCAACUACCACUUCGGCAGCAUCAACUACAACAACAGCACCAACAACUAGCACGACGGAAGCAUCCACUACCACUUCGGCAGCAUCAACUACAUUAACAGCACCAACGGCUAGCACGACGGAAGCAUCAACUACCACUUCGGCAGCAUCAACUACAACUUCGGCAGAAUCAACUAGCACAACAGAAGCAUCAACAACCACUUCGGCGGCAUCAACUACAACAACAGCACCAACAACUAGCACGACGGAAGCAUCAACUACCACUUCGGCAGCAUCAACUACCACAACUGCACCAACAACUAGCACGACGGCAGCAUCAACUACCACUUCGGCAGCUACAACUAGCACGACGGCACCAACAACUACCACGACGGCAGCAACAACUAGCACGACGGCAGCAUCAACUACCACAUCGGCAGCUACAACUAGCACGACGGCACCAACAACUACCACGACGGCAGCAACAACUAGCACGACGGCAGCAUCAACUACAACAACAGCACCAACAACUAGCACGACGGAAGCAUCAACUACCACUUCGGCAGCAUCAACUACCACAACUGCACCAACAACUAGCACGACGGCAGCAUCAACUACCACUUCGGCAGCAUCAACUACAACAACAGCACCAACAACUAGCACGACGGAAGCAUCAACUACCACUUCGGCAGCAUCUACUACAACAACAGCACCAACAACUAGCACGACGGAAGCAUCAACUACCACUUCGGCAGCAUCAACUACAACAACAGCACCAACAACUAGCACGACAGAAGCAUCAACUACCACGUCGGCAGCAUCAACUACAACAACGGCACCAACAACUAGCACGACGGAAGCAUCAACUACCACUUCGGCAGCAUCAACUACAACAACAGCACCAACAACUAGCACGACGGAAGCAUCAACUACCACUUCGGCAUCAUCAACUACAACAACGGCACCAACAACUAGCUCGACGGCAGCAACAACUAGCACGACGGAAGCAUCAACUACCACUUCGGCAGCAUCAACUACCACAACUGCACCAACAACUAGCACGACGGCAGCAACAACUACCAAUUCGGCGGCAUCAACUACCACUUCGGCAGCAUCAACUACAACAACAGCACCAACAACUAGCACGACAGAAGCAUCAACUACCACGUCGGCAGCAUCAACUACAACAACAGCACCAACAACUAGCACGACGGAAGCAUCAACUACCACUUCGGCAGCAUCAACUACAACAACAGCAUCAACUACAACAACAGCACCAACAACUAGCACGACGGAAGCAUACACUACCACUUCAGCAGCAUCAACUACAACAACAGCACCAACAACUAGCACGACGGAAGCAUCAACUACCACUUCGGCAGCAUCAACUACAACAACAGCACCAACAACUGGCUCGACGGAAGCAUCAACUACCACUUCGGCAGCAUCAACUACAACAACGGCACCAACAACUACAACAACAGCACCAACAACUACAACAACAGCACCAACAACUAGCACGACGGAAGCAUACACUACCACUUCGGCAGCAUCAACUACAACAACAGCACCAACAACUAGCACGACGGAAGCAUCAACUACCACUUCGGCAGCAUCAACUACCACAACUGCACCAACAACUAGCACGACGGAAGCAUCAACUACCACGUCGGCAGCAUCAACUACAACAACAGCACCAACAACUAGCACGACGGAAGCAUCAACUACCACUUCGGCAGCAUCAACUACAACAACAGCACCAGCAACUAGCACGACGGAAGCAUCAACUACCACUUCGGCAGCAUCAACUACAACAACGGCACCAACAACUAGCACGACGGCAGCAACAACUAGCACGACGGAAGCAUCAACUACCACUUCGGCAGCACAAUCUACCACAACUUCGGUGGCAUCAACUACCACAACGGCACCAUCAACGACUAAAACGGCAGCAACAACCAGCACAACGGAAGUGCUAACUUCCACUUCGGCAGCAUCAACUUCCACUUCGGCAGCACAAACUAGCACAACUACCACAAUGGCAGCAUCAAUGACCACUACUCCAACUGAAGCUACUACACCAACACCUGCUAAGUCUACUCCUACUGCAGCGUCUAGUACUCCUUCCACAGCAUCCAGCACUCCAACUGUAGCAACUACACUAACAACUGCUACGCCAUUUUCUGCUUCGUUAGCAUCGACUACUCCAGUUUUAACAACACCUGCCUCAUCCACUUCUUCUGUAACGGCAUCAGCCCUGACAACAUCAGCUCUUACUAUUACAGUUCCUGUGACGCUAGCAUCGACUACUCCAGCCAUAACAUCACCGGCCCCAACCACUGCAAUCUCGACUACUUCAGCUAUAACAUCAUCAGCUCCGACAACACCUGCCUCUACUGCACUAGUUCCUACGACGCCAGUAUCGACCACAGCACCAGUACCUACCACUUCAGUUUUAACAACACCAGCUGCUACUACGCUAGUUCCUACGACGCCAGUAUCGACUAUGCCUGAUUUAACAACACCAGCCUCUACCUCGACAGUUUCAUCAUUGCCAACCUCAACAACGUCAUCAACAGAAACCCAGUCGCCAGCUUCUACAACAUUGGCCACUGAUAUUCUAUCAACUACAUCGUUAACUCAAUCUACAAAAACAUUAUUGGUUACAACCGCAAAAGUUACCACUACGCCAAGUAAAACAACGGCAGUAGCUGUAACUUUGACUCCUAACGAGGCUAGAAAAUGCCCAACUAGGCGUUACGUGGUGAUCUCUAAGUGCUGCGCCAAGCGUGCGACCGCUUUGGUUCCCUUCAACGUUUUUGAGAAAUCCUGCCAAGUGACGCAAGGUGCGUUGAACUCUUUCAACAUCUUCACGCUGAACAAGCAGCAGCAUAUAUACAACUCGCCGCCGAACUCGAUACAGUUUCAAAGCCAAAAGGUCAAAAAGGCCUUUGGAAGGAAUGCCUGCUUUGUCAAUUGUUAUUUGAUUGCAAAGGGAGUGAUGUCUCCAAGCUAUGUUAUUGACAUAGUCAAGCUGACCGAUUUCCUGACUGCCUCGCAAACCGACGCGACGUGGAGUUCAACAAUCGCAUCAGCGAUUUCCACCUGCAUACCAAGAGUUGAAAAAUUAAAUCUGCCCAACUUCAUCACGGCGAAAUCGUCGUGCCCUGGAAAAGCGUUCGUCACCGUGCAAUGCGUCCUCCUCGAGUUAAUCAACAGUUGUCCAAGCAGAGUGGCGAGCAAAUACUGCCAAAAACGUUACAGCUUGUUCAACACUUGCUACGGCAACGUUUUGGCUGGACCAAAUUUAAAACAGGGUAAGAAAAAGCAGAGGAAGGUUGUAAAGGUAAAGGAGGGGAAGAAAGAAAAGAAGACUAAUGGGCCUGUGAAGGAGAAUAAGAAAAGCAAAGACAGUAAAGAGGUGGCAAAUAAAACUAAAAAGAAGAAGCAAAAGGGAGGAAAGAGGAAAGUUAAAAUAAACAAAAUUGAAAAGGAGGGAAAAGUGAAGAAAGUAAAGAAGGAAAAGGGCGAGUUAGGAAAGGAGAAGCAAAAGAAGGGGACGAAAGAGAACAAGAAGAAUAAAGAUAAGCAUGCAAAAGACGGGGUAAAUAAAACUAAAAAGCGGAGGAAACCAAAGGGAGGGGAGACAAGUGGAAAAGUUGUUCAAAAAGAGCAAAACGUCACGGUGGACGUGACGAUGGGGAAAAAAGUAAUACCGAAAGAAGGGUUGUCGAGCAACGCUCCAAAAAAUGUUAAAAAGGUGAAGGAAUUAAAGAAGAAAAAUGAAGUUGUUGGAAAGGAGAAGCAAAAGAAAGGCCAGAAACUGGUAAAAAAGGUGGGGAAAAGAGUCAGGAAGAAGGGACAAGAGGAGAAGAAGGAAUCAGGUUCGAAAACUGUAGAGAAAGUAGAGCGAAAAGACGAAAAGGCAAAAGGAAAGAUUGUCAACAGAAAAAAUACAGGAAAGGGUGGAAUUGUCAAGGAAGGUAAAGAAACAAUUCUGAAAAAAGAGGGGAAGGUGAAAAAGGAUGCAGAAACAAAAAUAAAAAAGGAGCAAAAUGAUAAAGUUGAAAGGAAGAAAAAGAUGCGAAAAGCUGGGGGAAAAAACCCAAAGCAAGAAAGAGAAGCAAAUGGUUUUACCAAAAAUAAAGGAAAGAUGAAGAUGGUAAAGGGAAGCAAGAAGGAAAAAACCACGUCAGCUUCUGGAAAAUCAGAUCCUGCAAAUGUUCAACGCGCUUGAGAAAACCGACCGUGCUAAUUUUUCUGACAUGCAUAUUUUAAUAAAAAUUGUAUUUAAACAAAGAGUUUUCAACAGUUUGAU